AAAACCGGCUAAAGAAUGUUUUUUGGGCCGAUGGGAGAAGUAGAGAAGCAUUCAAGGAAUUUGGAGAUGUGGUCACAUUUGACACCACUUAUUUGGUUAAUCCGUGGAAUAUGCCGUUUGCUCCUUUCGUGGGUGUAAAUCAUCAUGGGCAAUCGAUCUUGUUAGGGUGCGGACUAAUAUUACGAGAGGACACAGAUUCAUUUGUAUGGUUGUUCAAGACAUGGGUUGCUUGUAUGUCCGGGUGUUCUCCUAAUGCCAUCAUAACGGACCAAUGUCGUGCCAUGCAAAACGCAAUAAGUAUAGUUUUCCCAAACGCACGGCAUCGUUGGUGUUUGUGGCAUUUAUUGAAAAAAGUUCCUGAAAAGUUGAAAGGUUACGAUGACUAUGAACCGAUUAAAUGGGAUGUCCUUAGUGUUGCGUAUGAUUCAUUGACAAAAGAGGAAUUUGAGAAAAAUUGGGGCAAUCUCAUCAAUAAAUAUCACUUAGAGGCCAACGAGUGGCUAAGUGGCUUGUACGAUGAGAGACACCGAUGGGCUCCCGCAUUUGUGAAAGAUGUUUUUUGGGCGGGGAUGUCAACAACCCAACGGAGUGAAAGCAUGAAUGCCUACUUUGAUGGCUACGUACAUUCUAAUACCACAUUAAAGGAAUUUGUGGAGCAAUAUGAGAACGCCUUGCGUAAGAAGGUGGAAAAAGAAGACGAGGAAGAUGCCCAUUGUUUCAACAAACAAAUAAAGAAUGUGUCCCCUUAUGGUUUUGAAGAUCAAUUUCAAGAUGCAUACACACUCGCAAAAUAUAAGGAUUUUCAAGCUCGAGUAACCGGUAAGAUUGCAUGCAAUUUCACUUCCAUGAAGGUGGUAGAUGAUGGCAUUUCAAAAGUUGAGAUUGAAGAAGAUAUAAAAGUUGGUGAGAAGGGAAUAUUGAAAACCGUUACGUUUCAUGUUUGUUAUAAUGAGGAGUCAAAAGAAAGUAAUUGUACUUGUCGGUUGUUUGAAUCUAAGGGGAUUGUGUGCAAGCAUAUUGUCAUGGUUUGGUCAAGAAAGAAGUUGAAUGAAGUUCCAGAGAAGUACAUUCUACAAAGGUGGAGCAAAAAUGUGAGGAGGAGUCACACAAUGGUGAAGGUUAGUUAUGCAAAUUGGGAAAGCAAGCCCGAAUGGCGUCGCUAUGAUUAUAUGUUGGUUGCUUUCCGUAAAGCCGCUGAAAAGGCCAUGGAUUCCGAGGCGAAGAGUAAGAGGGUGGUGGCCAAGUUGCAAGAAGCUGAGGUGGAGAAUGAAGUUUGUGAGGAGGAGUGCCUAGGCGAUAGGCCUAUGUCAAUCGACAUAGUAGAUGAAAUCAUAAGUUCCGAAGAGAAAAAAAUACCCGUGGGUGAUCCGAUUAAACGUCGUCGGAAAGGGCGGCCACCGGUAAAUAGGAAACAACCAAGAAUUGAAAAAAUUAUUCGAAAGAUAAAGCAAUCAAGCAAGAAUGGCAAAGCUAGUCGAGGCAAUGCGAAGAGCAUGACGGUAUAUCUUUCAACUUGCAAUUAUUAAAAAUAUUUAGAAAAUGUGUAUCAGUGAGCUUUAUAAUUACACUAAUGUUUUAUUUUUACCGGUGUAGUAUAAUCCGGAUGUUCACACUAUGGAACUCAACGAGGUUAUCAUGCAAGGGAGCAUAAAUUGUAGUACAUCCCAAUUGGUUGGACCACACGGUGGAAUGUGGAGCUAUGACCUUGACGAGGCUUCAACCGAUUUAUAAUGGAAGACUUGUUCUUUUUUGUACUUUUGGCAGAUGGCAAUACAUAUAUUCUCUUAGCUUAUAUAUAUGUAGAAAGGGCACCCUUAUGGCAGCAUUAAUUGUGAGUUUCAUGGUUUAGUUCCACCUGAAACAAAAAAUUUAUUUUGAGGGUAGUGACUUGUGAGAUCAAUUAGUCUCUCUCAACCAUCUGAGUAACUUUGAUGAUCAAUUGAAAUGUGGCUUUUGUGCUUUUGUGUUGCAUCGGUAGCCUAAUUGCCAUUUACUCUCUCAGUUUGUUCACUGUGAUGCUCAAUGAAAAUGUGAAUUUGGCUUUUGUUUUGUAUGAGUAGCCUAUUAGUUACAGUUUACUCUCUUUGUUUAUCCACAGCUGGCAUGUGUCUUGUAUCACACACAUAGAUAGCAUUCAACUCCAAACAAGAUUCUGCAAAAAUGACACUUAUAUUGCUUCCCAAUCAAACAAUGCUUCCCCAAUUAUCAUGUAAGAGACUGUAAAUGCAAGCUUAUAGCCCCAAAAUUGAAAGUAACACAAGAAUUCCAACAACAUAUAUACCAGAACCAGUUUCAUGACAGUUCAUUCCAUUAAUUCGUAAAUCAUU